CAGAAAAACAGGUUACGCCAUAUUGUCAGAAUCCGAAGAAAGCCUUUCACUUCUGCAAAAAUGACAACAUAGCUGAUUUGAUCAUCUGUAGACAGCUAAGAUGGCGCACAUUGGGGCAAUGGAAAGUGCACCCUUGGAUGAUGGCUCUGCCCAGCAGGGGUCUAGUAUUUGCAUGCGAAGUCGACCAUGCUCGAGCGAGAGAGACGGCCAGGUGCGGGCUGUCAAAGCCGCUCUCCAGUCCAGGCUGGGGCCCUACGAGCCCGUGCUGACCUACCUACAGUCCGUCCUAGUGUGGGAGAGACCCUUACAGUGUGUGCUUAUCUACACGGUGGUCAACGUGGUGUUCUGGUUCUUCGCCCUGACCUCGCUGCGCCUGCUGUUCCUGCUGGCUUUUGGUCUGGCUCUGAUUGUCACUGUUGAUACCUGGAGAAAUCAAAUCUGGCCAGAGAUUAGAGUCAGAAACCUGGAAGAACCAGAAAAUGAGAGCUGGGGUCUGGUGCAGCCUGGCGUCCUCAGCGUGCCUGAACUGUGCCACCACAUCGCUGAGGCCUGGGUCAGUGGAGCCGUCUUCACAUCCAGUGUGGUGCAGUUCAAACAACUUUACCCCGGCAAGUUCUGCCUCCUGACCUGUGGCGUGUUCACCUGCCUGGCUGGGGUUGGACGCUACAUUCCUGGAUUAGUGCUCUCCUACUCUGCCUUAUGGGCUUCUCUCCUCGCUCCUCUGGGAGCCUAUUACAGGAUUUUUCAGCAUGUGUGUGUGAAGCUGGAUCCGGUCCUGCAGCGACUGGACUUCAGUGUUUGUGGGUUCAUGAUGUCCAAGCCUAUUGAUAAUCAGUUCCUGCGGAGGCCUCUCCGUGGCCCUUCAGGGGAAGACAGUGACAGCGAGGAGGAGUUGGCUGCUUUCUGCCCAACGUUUGAUGAUGCUAUUGUUGCAAAAGAACUGGCGAUGACUGAUUCUGAGCACUCCGAUGCUGAGAUGUCCUACACUGAUAAUGGGACCUUUAACCUAUCUCGUGGGCAGACCCCACUCACAGAGGGCUCUGAGGAUUUUGACAGGCACAGUGAUGCUGAGGAGUCCUUUGCUCAGGACCUCCAAGACUUCCCCUCCAUAAACCCUGACGCCACUCUGAUGGACGACGACGAGGACACGAGCAUCGGUCUACCCAGCCUGGCCAUGUCUGGGCUGGCUAGUUACCGCGCCUCAGUGAUGGACGCCCAUCUGGACUCUGAUCAGGAGGAUCUGGAUGAAGAGCUUUCUCUCAGCGGCCUGCCGCCUGCGUCAGAUUUCGCCGGGGAAUUGGCCGGAGUCAUCGCCAGCAACAUGAUCCAGGCAGCUCUGGCCGGGGCGCUGCAACCUCGGCCCCCUGCCCCCCGCCGCAGAGAAGGCCCUCCACGGGCUGGAGCCCGUCGGAGCUACCGUAAGCAGUCUAGCUCUGAGCUUGACACAGACUUGGACGGAGAGGACUUUGAAAUGCUGGAUCAGUCUGAACUGAACCAGAUGGACCCCCUCGCAGGAGGAGGGGGUAGUAGACGGGGGGAGAGCCAGGGGUCUAACUUCUUGUCUAACUUUCUGGGUAAACCACAGUAGUGUGUGUGUGUGUGUGUGUGUGUGUGUGUGUGUGUGUGUGUGUGUGUGUGUGUGUGUGUGUGUGUGUGUG